UGUACACCUGCAUCCUCCAUUCAUCAGCGAGUCACGGGGACUCUCGCAGGUCCGACAGCAGCCAAACAACUCGUCCCACUGCGCCGCUGCCGUCCUGCGGAGGAGCUCUGAUUUUACUGGAGCCAGUGCUUGUGUCGGGGUCAAAUAGGCCCAAACAGACACACACUCGUCCAUGGAGAUUGAAAGCAUGGUGGCAAACAGCGCUCUUGUCCGAGCCCGGGAAGGUGGAGGGAGUAAAGGCAGAAGCUGGAAGUGGAAGGAGAUGCUUCGUUUCCCUCACAUCAGUCAGUGUACGGACCUCGCCAUGAACAUUGAGCGAGACUACUACAGUCUGUGUAUGAAGCAGCCCAUCGGCAAGAAACUGUUUCAGCUCUUCUGUCGAAGUCGUCCUGAUCUGCAGAACUACAUGUCUUUCCUGGAUGCUCUGGACACGUUCGAGGAGAAGUCAGACAUAGAGAGGAGAGAGUUUGGCAUCAGCAUCAUUCAGAGAUUCCUCAUGAGUCAGUCGGGUCAGUGUGUCCCCACGGGGCCGAGGCACGAGCAGAGCUGCUCCCAGAGUCUGGAGCUGGACCCCUGUGGAGACGUGUUCCGCGACUGCAGGGAAGAGCUACACCAGCACCUCAGCGGGGAGCCCUUCGUGCAGUACCAGGAGAGCAUGUUCUUCGACCGCUUUCUACAGUGGAAGACGUUGGAGAGGAAGCCGAUCAGCAAGCAGAGGUUCCGACAGUACCGGCUCCUGGGGAAGGGAGGGUUCGGAGAGGUGUGGGCCUGUCAGGUGCGGGCCACGGGAAUGAUGUACGCCUGCAAGAAGCUGGAGAAAACCCACGUGAAGAAGCGGCAGGGAGAGGCCAUGGCCCUCAACGAGAAACAGUUACUGGAAGGGUUGGACAGUCGAUUCGUGGUGAGCCUGGCGUACGCGUACGAGACCAAGCACUCCCUCUGUAUGGUGCUGACCAUGAUGAGCGGCGGGGACUUGAGGUUUCACAUCUCUAACAUCGGCGCGCCCGGCCUGGAGAGAGACAGAGUGUGCUUCUACGCUGCAGAGGUCUGCUGCGGUUUAAUUCACCUUCACCAGACGUCAAUAUUAUAUAGGGAUCUGAAACCAGAAAACAUUCUGCUGGAUGACAACGGACACAUCCGCAUCUCCGACCUGGGCCUGGCCGUGAGGCUGUCGGAGGGGAGUCUGGUGCGCGGCAGGGUGGGCACGCUGGGCUACAUGGCUCCUGAGGUGAUCGGCCACGAGCACUACGGGAUGAGCGCAGACUGGUGGGGCCUCGGCUGUCUGAUCUACGAGAUGACCGCAGGGCAGCCGCCGUUCAGGGCCCGGGGAGAUCAUCCCAGCGCCUCGGAGAUGGAGCGGAAGAUCCAGACGCAGCGGGAGGAAUACAGUGACAAAUUCAGCAAGGAGGCAAAGGACCUCUGCACGUCGCUGCUGACCAAGGACCCGAAGCAGAGGCUGGGCUGCCGCGGCUCACAGUGGGGAGAAGUCCAGUCACAUCCCUUCUUCCAGAAAAUCAACUUCAGGAUGCUGGAGGCGGGCCUCGUCAAUCCUCCGUUUAAACCUGACCCCAGACACGUGUACUGCAGCGAUGUGCAGGACAUCGAGGAGUUUUCUUCGGUGAAGGGCGUCACUCUGAACCAGACGGACAACAGCUUCUACUCCAAGUUCAACACGGGCAGCGUUCCUAUAACCUGGCAAAAUGAGAUGAUAGAGACGGGAUGUUUCAGGGAGCUGAACAUCUUUGGCCCCGCUGGGACCCGGUCCCCGGACCUGGACUGGUCGCAGAACCCCGGGAGCCCGAAGCGCAGCCUGAUGGACCGAAUCUUCCACAGACACCAGACCUCGGACCCGGCAACGGAAGAUGGCAAACAGAAACUGUUGCCCAGCGAAACCUACAUGAAGUCCGGACUGCUGCGCACCACGCUCUGAGGGGCGCCACGCGCCCGAGACGCUGAGAGCGGCCAGCGUCCGCCCACUGUAGCAGCAAAGGGAGUCGUCCCGCUCCUCCCGCUCCUCCCGCUCCUCCCGCUCCUCCCGCUCCUCCCUCUCAAUCACGGCAUAGCAUGCGCGUCUCUGUUUGUGUUUUUCACAACUGCAAUACAUUAGCACUUUUGUUUUUUUUUCACCUGAUGUAUAGUUUUACACGUAAUUUUGUAUUUGUUUGAAAUACAGCUCUCCCCAGUAGCCUGAAUUUUGAUACAAAUAUGAUGGAACGGGAAGUUUUCUCCAUGUUCGAUGCAGCGGUUUCCCUGCCAGCGUUUCAUCCAGGUUAAAAGGAGCUACGUAAAAAAGUGACACAUUUCUGCUGCAAAAUAUUUAGAUCCCCCUUUUAUGACUUCAAUUUGUUUUUUGUUGUUGUUAAAAAACGGGAAAUCCUGCAAAUGAAACCACAAGAUUACAAGUGCUCCCAAUUCACCCACACAAAGGCCAUAAACCUUUCAUCGGGGGUCUUGCCUAUAGGCCUUUCUCAAAACAACAAUUUUGAAAAAGGAAAAAUCUACUGUUACCACAACUGUAAAUACUCACACAUGUUCUAUGUAUUUCUGCAAUAAAAAAAACGAAAUACC